UGAAUCUCCUUACUCUCAUAAUUUUUCUCUAAUAAUUGCUUCAGUUUCCUUCUCUAACUUUCCCCUUCAUUUUUAGCGGCCUUUUCCCCCCAUUUUCCUUCAUUCAAAGUCUUCACAUUCCACCCCUUUUCCCCACUCUUCCCUUAAAGAGAAUUCUGUAUCUGAAAAUCAAGAAAGACCUUUUUGGUUCUUUCUUCUUCAAUCGUUAAAAAAAAAAAAUAUUGAGAACUUUAUUGCACCGGGCUACCCUUGUUUAAUCCUCUUUUGUCAAGUCCAAAAUUCCUUUGCUUAUUGAUAAACUUGGAAUCUUUACAACAAUCAAGAUCAUUUUUUGGCAAUUUAAGGUUGUUAAAAACAUGGGAUUUUCCAAAAAACAUCAAGUGGAAGGGAACAAAGAAGAAAACAAGAAAUAUGUAAUUGCUGGAAUUGCAAUUCUUGCUCCUUUGAGAUCAAUUUCGACGAAGCGAAAAGAGGAGGAUUCUGAAGAUGAAGAAGAAUGUUCAACAACGCCGACAGCAAGAGAUUCAAGGAUACCAGAAAGACUUCCAUGUCCACCGGCGCCGAUGAAACGCCGGCCAAAAUCAACUUGUCAUUAUAACAGUGUUAGGGAGUUCUUUAAUCCACCUGAUCUUGAAUCAGUAUUUAUACCUCAUGUGGAAAGAGCUAAUUUUUAAUCCAUAUGAGUAAAAACAGAAAAAGCUCAGUAGUUCGAUGCGUUAAAGCUUCUGCAAUGUACGUACGUAGUUCAGAGAAGGCCUGAACCACAAGGGCUUAUUAUUGACAAAGGGACAAAAAAUGGAACAAGAAAGAUGGCCCUUUUGCUAUUGUUCUGUUUCUUUCUUUCUAGUUUUUUUUUUUAAUUGAGUUUAGUAGGUUUUAUUAGGGUAGUUUGUUAGGUUCUUAAGUUGAUGGUGAUAAUGUAAUAUACAAGUUUAGAUAUGGUUUCUUCAAAAUAGCUAAUGUAGCUUGUAGUUCUUUUUCUCCAAUUAGAACGUGAAAAAUCUCAAUUUGCUACACUUUGAUUUCUA